AUAAAAUUACUAAGCAUUCGGUAAAUAUAUAUUUAUUUACUGGAAAACAUAGCUUGGAUUAUUUGUUCAAAAGUAACAUUUUAGAUAUUUUUUGAAAGUGUACCUAUACAAAUUUUACAUUUUAAAAUGGAACAAUGGAAUGGUGCAGUAGCAGUUGUUACCGGAGCAAGUGCUGGAAUUGGUGAAAGUAUUGCUAUUGAAUUAGUUAAAAAAGGAUUAAAAGUUGUCGGACUUGCAAGAAGAAUAGAUCGUCUUAAUAAAUUAAAAGAAGAUUUAAAAAAUGAAUCUGGUGAAUUUCAUCCAAUUAAAUGUGAUAUGACUAUUGAAGAAGAUAUUUUGGCUGCAUUUCAAUGGACCCGUAAUAAUUUAGGGGGCGUUAAUUUACUUGUAAAUAAUGCUGGAACUAGUCGACACUCUAAUCUUACAGAAGGGAAAACAUCUGAUUGGAAGACCGUCAUUGAUUUAAAUUUACUUGGCUUAUGUAUUGCGACUCGUGAAGCAGUCAAAAUAAUGACAGAGAAUGAUGUGGCGGGACUUAUAAUUCAUAUAAACAGUGUAGCCGGUCAUUUUCCAUUAACUUCUCAAGCUCCAACUUUAAAUGUUUAUGGAGCAUCAAAGUAUGCUGUCACUUCUGUAGCCGAAACAUUACGCUUAGAGCUAGCAGCUAAAAAAUCAAAAAUUCGUGUAACCAGUAUUAGUCCAGGAGUAGUAAAAACCGAAAUUCUUCAAGCAAGUGGUUUGGAUAAGAUCGAAUCAAUUAGAGAUAUAAUGAAGACUAUACCAGCCUUAGAGCCUGUCGAUGUUGCAAAUGCAGUGUUAUACUUAAUGACUACUCCACCGUCUGUAAACGUUACAGAAUUGACUAUCAGACCAACUGGAGAAACUUUAUAAUUUUGUUUUUAAUUUUAAUUUAAACGUCUCACA